GUUUUGUUUGUGUGUGUGUUUUUGCUCGGAGAUUCCCAUCCUGAUUUUGAAAAACAUAAAAGGAAUCAAAACCCCCAUCCACCAAUCACAAACCCUUACCAAUUUUUGAUAUAUUCCUCCGAAACUCUCAUUGAUCCGUGUCGCCUUCGCAUCGUCGCACAGUUGGAUUCGAAUCUGUCUGAGCUGGACUUUUUGGUGUAGAUCAGAUUGCAAUUUCAGAGUUAAAGCUGAGCUUUUUAUUGAGUUAUUGAGUGGUUUCGUGUUUGGGAAGAUUUGAGAGAAUGAGGUAAGGAAGAGAUGACUGGAUUGGGGGUUCGAUCCAGUAGCUACGGUUCCUUGGACAAGACGGGUCUCUACGCCGUCGUUUUGCCUAUCCACACGACCACGACGAAUCGUACCAAACCAUCUAAGAUGCACAAGGAGAGGGAAGGCUUUGUACAUUGGAUCUGCAAAUUCGCUGGUCGUAAGAAGGUGGGCAUGCUGCUCCUCUUCUUAAUCUCCGCCGUCGUCUUCCUCCGCGUCCUUUACGCCGGCAAAGGUGAAGAUGGUCAGGAAGUUCAAGUUCCUCCUAGUCUUCAUUUCAAUGGCACUUCCGUUGUAAAUCAUUCUAUCUUGUUACCAACAAACGAAGAUCAAAACGUCAACAUUCGGAAUAUAUCUACUCUAGGCACACAUGUCAUACUCUCCCCUCCUCCUCCUAUACAUUUUCUUGGCUAUACGCUUCCUCAAGGACAUCCUUGUCACACUUUCACCUUACCUCCCCCACCUGCCGACAGAAAAAGAACUGGACCUCGCCCAUGCCCGGUAUGUUACCUUCCAGUAGAAGAGGCAGUUGCCUUGAUGCCGAAUGCUCCCUCAUUUUCCCCUCUUCUUAAGAACUUAACGUAUAUACAUGAAGACCCACUUAACAGAGAGACAGAGUUUGGAGGCUCAGAUUUUGGUGGUUAUCCUACUUUGAAACAUAGGAAUCAUUCUUUUGACAUCAAAGAAACAAUGACCGUACAUUGUGGGUUUGUCAAAGGACCUCAACCUGGUCGAAAUACAGGUUUUGACAUUGAUGAGGCUGAUCUUCUUGAAAUGCAGCAGUGCCGUGGGAUUGUUGUUGCUUCUGCUGUAUUUGAUGCGUUUGAUGAUGUAAAGGCCCCCAAAAAUAUCAGUAAAUAUUCGGAGGAAACAGUUUGCUUCUACAUGUUUGUUGAUGAAGGAACUGAAUCAAUUUUGAAGAGAGAACGAGGCCUUAACGGCAACAAGAAAGUAGGGAUAUGGAGAGUUGUUGUUGUGCAUAAUCUCCCUUAUUUAGAUGGAAGGCGCAAUGGAAAGGUGCCGAAGCUUCUUGUCCAUAGGCUGUUUCCAAAUGCUCGCUAUUCUUUAUGGAUUGAUGGAAAACUUGAGCUUGUCGUUGAUCCACAUCAAAUUCUUGAAAGGUUCUUGUGGAGAAAAAAUGCUACUUUUGCAAUUUCUAGACAUUAUAGACGGUUUGAUGUCUUCGUGGAGGCUGAAGCAAAUAAAGCUGCUGGUAAAUAUGACAACGCCUCUAUCGACUUUCAGGUGGAGUUCUACAAGAAUGAAGGGUUAACCCCUUACUCGGUUGCAAAGCUCCCAAUCACAAGCGAUGUGCCUGAGGGGUGUGUCAUUUUAAGAGAGCAUGUCCCCAUCAGCAACCUCUUCACUUGUCUUUGGUUCAACGAAGUAGACCGAUUCACUUCCAGAGAUCAAAUCAGUUUCUCAACUGUAAGAGACAAGAUUGCAGCAAAAGCAAACUGGACAGUAAGCAUGUUCCUUGACUGCGAGAGACGCAACUUUGUAGUUCAGAGAUAUCAUCGAGCAGAACAAGAGAGAAUCGCAAGGCGAAAACCUCCAGUGCCUAAUCUUUCUCCUCCGCCACCACCGCCGGCUCCACUGCCUGCUACACCUGUUUUAAUCAGCAGCGACUUGCCUAGAAAAGUCCCAAGUGGGAGAGCGGGCGGCACGAGAUCGCCUAGAAGGCGUGGAAGAGGCAGACGGUCUAGUCCAAGAGGUAACAGGAAAGCUAAUCUGCCUGUACUAUGACCAGAUUCACCUAAAGACUGAAAGAAAGAAAACAAAGCACUCUCAUCACCAACUACACAUUCAAAUUUUACCACAGUAAUAUUCCUUCAUUUUGUUGUUUCUCUAUUGAUUAUAAGGAUUCAAAAAUCAAUUUUUAAUGUAUAUAAUAUAUACACGGACAUUUUGUACUUUGAUAAUAAAUCAUAGUUUCAAUUUUUUUCGAAGAAA